UGUAUAGAUUAUUAAUUGUACUCUAUAUAUUGAAGAGCUAGGAAGUUAAACUUCAACUAUUUAAGCAUCAUAGUUAGGAAAAUAAAUCAAUUAUGGCUACCCUUAUUGCUCCCAUCAACCAUUCUCCUGUUGCUGAUGCAGAAGCUCUUCAUGGAGCUUUCAAAGGAUGGGGGACUGAUGAGAAGAGUGUUAUCACAAUAUUAGGUCAUAGAAAUGUUUAUCAGAGACAACAAAUCAGAAAAUCUUAUCAGGAAAUUUACCAAGAGGAUAUCCUCAAACGCCUUGAAUCUGAACUCUCUGGUGACUUUGAGAGAGCUGUGUACCGUUGGAUGCUGGAACCUGCGGAUCGCGAUGCUGUUUUGGCCAAUGUAGCCAUCAAGGAUGGAAGCAAAAGUUACCAUGUGAUUAUUGAAAUUGUUUCUGUUCUUUCACCUGAAGAAGUGUUGGCAAUGAGACGUGCUUAUCAUAACCGUUACAAGCAUUCUUUAGAAGAAGAUUUAGCUGCUCAUACCACCGGUCAUCUUCGCCAGCUGUUGGUUGGAUUGGUGACCUCGUUUAGAUAUGGCGGUGCUGAGAUAAAUCCGAAAUUGGCAAAAACUGAAGCUGACAUUCUUCAUGAAUCAAUCAAAGAGAAAAAAGGAAAUCAUGAAGAAGCCAUUAGAAUCCUUACUACAAGGAGCAAGACUCAGCUUUUGGCAACUUUCAACCGCUACAGAGAUGACCAUGGCAUUUCCAUAACUAAGAAACUGUUGGAUAAUGCAUCUGAUGAUUUUCACAAGGCAUUGCACACUACGAUUCGAUGCAUCAAUGACCAUAAGAAGUACUAUGAAAAGAUUCUACGCGGUGCGUUGAAAAGGGUUGGAACCGAUGAGGAUGGACUGACUCGUGUGGUCGUGACAAGAGCCGAGAAAGAUCUGAAGGACAUCAAAGAGCUGUAUUAUAAGAGAAACAGUGUUCACCUUGAGGAUGCAGUGGCAAAGGAAAUUUCAGGAGACUACAAGAAGUUCAUCCUUACCUUGUUGGGGAAGCAAGAUUGAAGUAAUUGAUCUUGUUAAGGCAUAUAUAUUUGUAAUAAUGGGAUUUGGAUAUGUUGGUUUCUUUCUUGUGGUUUGGUUUGGUUAAUUUGUCUAUUUAUAUCAUGUUUUCAUGAGUCUCAUGGCUGUGUGAGAGAUAUUUUGUACUUCUAUUUUAAUAAAUUACUAGUUGAAUGAAUGGUGGAAUUACAAAA